GAAACCAAGCAACGGAAGUGUCUCCUCCGAGAGCAACAUCCUAUUGGCUUGAGAGAGCUUCUUGAGAGGUGUAGGAGCAAGGUGUGAAUGAUGUCUUCUUUUCCACUGCGGGAAUAUUAUUGCCAAUCUGGCUACUUUCUCAAGAUAGAUCCGAAUGGGGAGGUGGGCGGUGCUGAUCGGUCGGGUCAUAAACACGCGGUAUUUGAGGUGCAGACGAUGCGUUUUGGAGUGGUCACAUUGAAGGCUGUACACUCGGGAAUGUUCCUGUCAAUCGAUGAUAACGGAAAAGUACACGGCAAGACCCAGUGUGACGAAUCUUGUGAGUUUUUGGAGAAGUUAGACCCAACUGGUUAUAGCUUGGUCUUCCAGCCUUGCCGUUUCUCAGCCGAGAGGUGGCACUUAGCCCUCGGCCGUCAAGGGCAGAGCAGACCCGCACAGAAGAUCAGAGACGACCAGAAGAGUGCUUGGUUCCUUGCCCGUGCAAUUGGAGGGGAUCAUGGCAAUGAGGACGAUGGCGGGAUUGAGAUUAGUCAGGAAAUGCUCAAAGAACUUGGAUUUACAGCUGCCACUGGUCUCCAGAAAUAA